GAUUUCCCAGUUGACAUUGACAUUUCUCGCACUGAAAAUAAAUAAAUAAAACAAAAAUUGUUGUCGUUUCUCGUGCAUUGUAAAGAAAUAGAAUUAAUUAAUCGAAUUAUGAAUUCGGAGACGAUAAAAGGACGGCUGAGUCAACACGUCAAAAGACGAUUACAGAGUCAGGAAUCAAUCGAAAAUAAAAUACAUCCGAAUCAAAUACAACCGAGCGCUGCAACAACAGUGAUACGGAAUCAAGUCAUUAUCAAGCAGGAAGACGAGUCUGAAAGUACGGUGAAAUCGGUGAAAAAACGCAAAAUGACCAAAAAAUCCUCGUCGCACAGUGUUGAGUCGAAUCCGGAUGAAGAUGAGAAAUGUGACAAUCGUAGUGACAAGGUGGACACCAGUUUAGACAUUCUGACAUUGAUAUUAAACCAUAAAAAAUCAGAGUUUUUGAGAAAUCCUGAAAUCGUUCAAUUGUUAUGUGAUAUCAAUAAGAAGAAGAGUACGACACUAGAUGAUCUUAUUCAGAGCCAAUAAACUAAGCAUUUUUAUUUUUCAUAAAUUG